AUGAAAAGGUUCAACUUGGCAUGCUUGGAGAUUCAGAAUCUCCCUACCAAAGCUGUGAUCAUGGGAUUGGUCAAUGGCCUUAGAGAAGGGCCAUGUUCCAAGUCAAUAUCUAAACGACACGCAUCUUCUUUGAAUGAAUUCCAAGAAAGGACAGAGAAAUAUAUCAACAUGGAAGAGAAUUCCCGACUAAGGGAACCUUUUCCACGAUCCAGCUUGCCCUAUCCAUCUCGGAAAAAAGAAAAAGAACCCAAAAAGAAGGAAGAUCAAAACUCAGAAAAGUCCCGAAAGUACCACAACUACACCCCUCUAAGAGUUUCUUUAGUGGAUGUUUACAGAGAGAUAUGCCACACAGAGAAGCUCCCACCUCAUCGCCCAAUUAAACAUAAGAAGGCAGGAAGUCAGACUGAAUACUGUGAGUACCAUAAGCUCUAUGGACAUUCUACCAAUGAAUGCUACGACUUGAAGAAUGCCAUAGAAAAGUUGGCCAGAGAAGGCCGAUUAGACAGAUAUCUGGUGAACAGGUCGGACGACCCAAGGAACAGAAGGAAGGAGGAAGACGAAGGACAACAAGAACGUCUACCACAGACCCCAGAGCGACACAUACACACGAUCUAUGGGAGAUUUGCUGGAGGAGGAAUGUCUAAAUCAUCACGGAAAAAGGUACUUUAA